AUGGCUUCUCCUCACACAGGUGGUGCCCCCCCAGGUGUGGACCCAGAGGCCUUCUCCUGGUUCCAGGCAGUGGAUGCAGAUCACAGUGGCUACAUCUCUGCCAAGGAGCUGAAGCAGGCUCUGGUCAACUCCAACUGGUCAACGUUCAACGAUGAGACCUGCAUGCUGAUGAUCAACAUGUUUGACAGGAGCAGGUCAGGGCGCAUCGACAUCUACGGCUUCUCAGCCUUGCUGCGCUUCAUCCAGCAGUGGAGGAGCCUCUUCCAGCAGUAUGACAGGGACCAGUCAGGCUCCAUCAGCUUCCACGAGCUCCAGCAAGCUUUCACCCAGAUGGGCUACAACCUGAGCCCCCAGUUCAGCCAGCAGCUGGUGGCUCGCUAUGGGCAGAGGUCCUGCCCCCCCAGCAUCCAGCUGGACCGCUUCAUCCAGCUGUGCCUGCAGCUGCAGAGCAGCACCGAGGCCUUCCGCGAGCGGGACGCGGGGCAGGCGGGCAGCGCGCGCCUCAGCUACGAGGACUUCCUCACCAUGGUGGUGACUCGGAUGAUCUGACGCCUCCAGCCCGGGCCUGCCAGCGCCCUGGGAGCAGCCCAAGCCCCUCCUCAAGAUGGG